AUGGUCACCGACAAGCGCGGACGCGGAGGGUUUUGCAUGGAAAUCGCGAUUUUAUACAACCACAUCCUGCGGGCUCUGGGCUUUGAUGCGUACACCGCUGGUGUCAGAACUCGACCACGCAUUGAGGGCGUGCCAAAGGGCGACUUCCCAGGCUGGGGUCAUAUUGUAAACAUUGUGACAUUCGCAGAUGGUUCCAAAUACCAUUCAGACGUUGCGUUUGGCGGCGACGGUGCAACAAAACCAAUGCCAUUGAUUGAAGGCCUUGUUCACAAGAAUCUCGGAACGCAACAAAUACGUCUUGCGAAGGAUUGGCUACCUACGCAAGCGCAUCGAGUAGACUCCAGCAAACAGUGGAUUUACCAAUACCGUAACAAUCCUUCUCAGCAGUGGAACUCGUUUUAUGCCUUUGCGGAAAUCGAAUUUCUACAGCCUGACUGGGGCGUCGUCAAUCACUGGAUGAGCACACAUCCCGACAGUAACCAGGUCCGCAACCUCCUCGUCGUGAAGUUUCUGCGGCGAACAAUUGCUUCCAGCGAUAGCAAUGAGCAGGAGAUCUACGGCAAGAAGAUGUUGGUCAAUGGUACUGUGAAGCAGAAUUUGGGCGGCAAAACAGAGUUUGUGAAAGCAUGCGACACGGAGGAAAGUCGUCUUGAGUCUCUCGAGGAUGUAUUCAACAUCGUACUAUCGCAAACCGAAAAGGACGGCAUUCAAACGUCAACUUUGAGACUCGGGUGA